UCUUGUUCCUCAUCGACUUGAAAACUUCGGCCGCCAUGUUCAAAAACAUCGUUACCGCAACUCUGCUCUCCUCUGCUCUUGCCAGUGCCUCUACUGCGCACGCGGAUGGCAAAGCACCCUGUGCAAAGGUUCACAUGAUGCUUGCGCGCGGAACCACCGAAAGCUAUCCUGGUCUGCUCGGGUCUUUGACUGACCUGGUCAUGGAUGCUAUUCCGGACAGCGAUUACGAGAAUAUCAUCUAUCCUGCAACCCAGGAAGGAUCGACCCCCAGCUAUGAGGAGGGCAUCUACAAUGGCACUGCGCAGCUGAAAGCUUAUGUCAAGGCUUGUCCGGAAACCAAGGUGGUGCUGUUUGGAUAUUCUCAGGGAGCCAUGGUUGUGAGCGAUAUGUUGGCCGGUGGCGGCGAUAAUGGAACUUUGGGAAAUAUCACUGCUCCUGCUGUUGAUCCUGAGACUGGAUCCCAUAUCGCCGCUGUCCUUCUUUACGGAGACCCCCGUCACAUGCCCAACCAGACGUACAACGUCGGAGAUGUGACUGCAACUGGCAAAUACCCACGCACUCCCGAGCAACUCGCAGCCCUGUCCAUGUACGCCGACAGACUCCACGACUACUGCGACGACAAAGAUGGUGUUUGCGAUGCUGCCGGAACUAACCUCUCCGCUCAUUUGGCUUAUGCUACCAUCUGGGACAAGGUCGCUGCUACUUGGGUUGAGAGCAUGAUGCAGAAAUAAGCUUUAGCUUGAUUCGUGAACACGCGAUACCGCAAAGG